CUUUGCCACUUGCCAUGGCCUAUGUCUUGAUUGACCUUUCAUAUCUGCCAUGUCUUUCAAAGAAUGCUUUCUGGUAUAUAAAUUUCAGGCAUGGGAAUGAGUCCAACCAUUUAUUUAAUAGAACAGCUUUAAAAGGGUUGCAUUAUCUUUAUGUAAGUUUUACAGUUGAAUUUAUGAUCUGCCUCCCACAAAUAAAGAGGCUCCUUCUAUCCAUGUACUGCUUCUAAUCCUAUCAGCAUUUAACUGGAAAAACAGAGAUUGAUAUAACUUUCCGAAGCCUGUUUUGCUGUUCUGUAUUCUUCCCCCCAUUGCUCUGGAGAACUGUGAGACCUGCAAAACACCACUGGAAUGGACAGUCAGAAUUUUUUUUAAAUUUACAUUUAUAUCCCGUCCUUCUCCGAAGACUCAGGGCGGCUUACAGUGUGUAAGGCAAUUGCAGGAAUAAUUGCAGGAAUAAUUCAGUCAGUCAGAUGCCAAGUAAUCAAAUGACAUCUUUCCUACUCCUAUAGUACUGUAUCUCCAACUGAAUUCCAUUGGUGGAACAAACACUCCCAUUUUUGAAGGAAAACCAAGAAUCAAUCUGGUGGUUGGGUUGAACUGGACUACUAAACCAAAAUGUGGUUAUCUUCUUUGUGGCCCAGUGUACUGUAGACACCUAGCCACUGUGAUUUGUUGGUGCUUCAUUGUUGUACAAACCAAACAGCGGAGUUAAUUUCAUAAUAUGGAUUUAAUGAUGAGUUAUAAGUUGUGAAAACAUAGUUGUGGAAAUAAUCAAAUAAAUAAUAGUACUUUUUCAUAGCAGUACUUUUACAAUUUUUUGGGGGGGAAAGUCAACUUUAUUUUGUAUUUAUGAUCACUGUUUUAGUGCUGAAUGUUUCAAAAAGCAUUAUAUUUCAAUACAACAUUCAUUUAGUGACCAUUCAAAGUAAUACCAGCAUGAAACAAAGUGUCUUAUGACCAUUUUUCACAGUUAAGAUCAUUGCAGCAUCCCCAUGGUCAUGUGAUCAUGUUUAGCAACUAACUCAUAUUUAUGAUGGUUGCAAUGUCCUCGGGUCAUAUGUGAUCACCUUUUGCAACACUCUGGCAAGCAAAGUCAAUGGGGAAGCCAGAUUCACUUAACAACCAUGUUGCUAACUUAACAAAUGUGAUUUACGUAAGAAAUGUAACAAGAAAGAUCAUAAAAUGGGACAAAACUCACUUAACAUGUCUCGCUUAUCAACAGAACUGUUGGGCUCAAUUAUGCUGGUAAGUCGAUGACUACCUGUAAUUGUAUGCAUUUAUUAUCUUUUCAAAUGCAAGUAUAUGAUUACAAAUUACAUGGGAAAAACACAAUUUCAUUAUAAAACCUGAAUUUCUUUAAGAUUAAAUUAGCUUCAGUCUCAUAAAAAUCUUCCUGCAAUUUGUCCAAGUUAAAUAAAGACUUCAAAUAUCUGCUUAUACAGUAAGUAUCUCAAUACAUUCAUAGUCAUUUCAAUCUGUCAUCUUGAUGCCUGAUUUUGAUGAGACUGUGAAUAAAGGAUCAUAGUGUGACGAGAUGGUGCAUUACCAUAAAUCAGCUUUUGUGAAAGACCUUUCUGUUCACACGGCCUGCAGUUCAUAAUUACCAUGGUAAUCUACUCUGAAAUAUCAGCUCUUAGAUACAUCAAAGGGACACCGCAAUAGACUACUCAACUUACUCACCACCUAAAGGUUAAUUUGUGUACAACACGGUUUUCAUAGUCAAAGUAAUAUUUACUAAGGUAAUAGAAAUCAAUUUCACAUUAACUGGAAAUGGAAGGGAAUAAAGUCAUUAAUACAUACAUAUAUAUUACAUAUAUUAUUCAUGCUUGGCUAAAAAUAUAACCCGUAAUGUUUUUACUGUUGCUAGAAAACUUGGCUUGUCAGAGAAAACUAUAAUCAUAAUGUUUAUUUUUUCAAGCAUACUUUUAAAAAUACAAUCAAAAUUCAACAUACAAUGAAUUGCUAAAACUAUAGUAAUUCUCCAAAAUUUCAGAUCAAUGACAAUUUUCAAAUAUACCGUAUAUACUCGAAUAUAAGCCGAUCCGAGUAUAAGCCGAGGUCCCCAAUUUUACCCCAAAAAACUGGGGUAAACUGGGGACUCGAGUAUAAGCCGAGGGAGGGAAAUGAGGCAGCUACCGGUCAGGGAAAGCCUCCCUCCCUCAGCCGAGAAGGCUGGCGGCUCCCCCGCCCCGCCCUCUCACUGCACCGGCAGGGCUUCCCCGCGCUAAUGCAAAAGCCCGCCAAGUUUGCACCAUCCGGUAUAAUGUGAAAAAAAGAAAAGAAAAAAAAACUCGAGUAUAAGCCGUAUAUACUCGAGUAUAAGCCAUGGGGACGUUUUUCAGCACAAAAAACAUGCUGAAAAACUCGGCUUAUACUCGAGUAUAUACGGUACAUCUUUCAGUACUUUGCUCAAAUAAUAGUGGAGAUUUAUUAAGAAAUGUGCUUUGGAAUGCUGACGUUAAUUUAUCCUGAUUGGCAAUCCCUAUAAGUAUUUAUAUAAUAAGCAAGUUGUAUUUUAAAUUAAGAACCCUUCAGGAGACUGCCUGGACAAGCAACAAGAAAAACAAUUAUUGUUAGUAUUUAAAUGUUUUGAAAAUUGUCUUCAGGGAAAAAAAUAGCAAUAUGACAGAAUAGUAUAGUUGUAACUAUAUUUCACAGGAUAAUCAGUAUAUAAAAUUAACAUAAAUGAGCACUAGGUGAGAAUUUUAAUUUCUCUGCUGCUGAAUUGCUUCAUGCAGUCAUACAAAUGAGAAAUGGAAAGGGCAUAGAAAUAAAUACAAAUUUGUUCAGUAAUUCAUCUUAUACAGCUGACCAGCAUCCCAGUUGGUUAAGUUUCCCUCAUCCCAGUUGAUUAGGUUUUAUCACAUAUCAUUUUGGUGCAAAAUCUCAUAAGAUUUUGGUAAUUCUUAUAAGAUUUCUUUAGGAGAGGCUCAGUGAAAAUCAGGUGCAUUCCUCUGGCAAAGUCUUAAUGCAUCCAUUUUAAUAAAGUAGCAAAAAUCAUGCCAUGAAAAAUGAGUAUUUUUUGAGCAUUUUUGCUUUUCAGGAGGCAAAAUUGUGGGCAACAUGCACUAUGCCUUUGACUUCUAUGAAUGACAUAGUAUGCAGUAAUCCUUUGGAGGUACAGGACUGUUAUAUUGGAUUAUCUGAGUAGCAUAUACAGUUCAAAAUUAUGAGACACAGGGGGACCUUAUUCAGCAACUGCAGGGCAUAAUAUAUUGCAGCACUAUCUUAUUACACAAAGCAUAUAAAAACUCUGGACCCAAAUUCAGAAAUUUCAUUUCUAACCUUUCAGUUGUUGCUUUAUUAAACUGAGACAUUAAGAUUGCAAUUUCUCUUAUCUUUUAUUUGGUAUUACUAGAGGCAAAGAACUUAGCAGACAACACAAACAUGUCCUAAAAGCGUCUUGAAAUCUUUGCAAAAGCAUAGAAUUAAAUGGGCAAGGAUGGCCCAUUCAAGUUUUUAAAAUCUCUUAAGAGCAACGUUCAAGCUUAACUUCUGAAGCUCUUAAUUUCUCCCAUAAUUUGAAAAGCAUUAUAAUGGAAGAUGGGAAGCAACUGCUAGAAGUGGUAAAAAGGAAUAGUGAGGGCACAAAAUAUAAAAAUACAGGGAAGCUGGAAGUACCAUGGAAGCAAAUUUCAAGAUGAGCCUGUUCUGUGAUGAAUAUAUAUGUUGUUGUUGUUGCUGCUGUUGUUGUUAUUAUUAUUAAAUGUCAGUACUGGGUGGAUCAUGUGUUGCUUUGCAUAUUUUCUUUACUUUUCUAAUUUUUAUUAUUGUUGUGCACUAAAUGAAUUGUGAGAGGUUUGUGUUAGUUCAUGAAUUUAUAAAUUAACUCUAUGGCCUGAGGAAUAUAGUCUUUUUAUUCCCAUGUAGUCUUCCGGUUUCUAAAAAUCUUUUGAGACUUUAAACAGAUAUGCUGACAAAUACAAUAGUACAGGGCACCUAAAUUUGUUUGUAUAGGGUCUAACAGGACUAAUUCCCAAGUCAGUCUGCACAUGAUUGUGAAGUUAGAUAAUUUACAUACUAGCAGUACACAGGCCAAUGCAAGAUAUACAUAAAUAUCUGAUUUACAGAUUCUGCACCACUGCAAAAUAUAUAAUUAGUAAAAUCUAAAGUUUGAAGGAGUCCUGAACUUCCACUAUAGAUCUGUACUUCCCACCCUUGCUUUAGUCAGGCCACUUUAUUUGCUUCACAAUCCAAAGGACCUCUAUUACAAGCUUGGGUCAAUAAAGUACACCUGGCAGCCUGGCAUAUGUGAUUCCGCUCAAAGGAUGAAUCUGUCAGUUCCCAACAUUAAAGCAUAGCUUGUUUUUUAUCAGAACUGUCAGACUCUUAUGAAUUUGGCAAAUAUGUUGUUUGGGUAUUCACUCCGCUGCCCCCCAACGUUGAUGAGAAUGAGUGGAUUUGACAAUCACCAGAGAUUCUGAUUGCUAAAUCGGAUCUAGGAAAGAAACUGAUUGAUUAGCCUGCUAGCCUAACACAUAUUCCCCAAUCUAUACUGCACACUAAUUCCCGGGAAUUCUGGUUUAGAAUUCCUGUCUUGAUAUAAUGCAGAAAAAGUUGGGUCCACCGAGCAAUGCAUCCGUGGUCUUCCAGGAUGUCACACAACACACUCUGCCUGAAUCAGAACCCAACCUAAACGGAACCCAUCCCUAAGAACUUCCAAGAGCAGAGAAAGCUGUGUUGUUGCAACAGCAGCAGCAGCAGCAGCAGCAGCAGCACCAAAGCGUCUGCAAGGUAACACUUUUAUCACCUUUGCUGGACCGGACCACAGAGCUCCUCGUUCCUCUCUUCUCACCUGAGGGAGGAAAGGUAGCAACUUGCAAGCGACAGAAAUACAGUGCCACUAGCCCUGCUCUUUCGCGCCUUACAAAUCAGUGCCCCGGAGGCAAAGAUCGCUGGAAACGGAACCGCCGCCUUCGCUGCCGAUGGGAUCGUAGCCUCGGAGCGAAAAACUCUCUCGCCUUCCUUGCAAGCGAAGGUCGGAGGAGGGUCGUCCCCUCGCCGUCUUUCGGGGGCCGCUCGCUCAGCGAAUGGACGCUUCCCCGCCGCUUCGGGCGGUGGAGAAACUAAGCCUGGGCUCCUGGGUGGGCCGGGGAGGGGGAGGCAGUUCCUGGGCGGUGCGAGGGGCUGCCAGCUCCCACCCCCCUCUCCUCCCCUUGACUACCUGCAGCAGGCAGUGGCCGAGUCCCAGAGAGCCCCGCUCCGGAGCAGCACAGAAGCCCGGCUCCUAAACCUUGUCGUCCGCCCUGCCGUCCCCGGGUCCCAAAGUCCGUUGGAACUCGCGCUCACCGCCAGAGAGAGAGAGAGAGAGAGAGGGAGGCAGCGCUUGAGGCGGCAUGGCCGAACCGCCCAGGCACCUUCGCCGCCGCCGGGCGCCGUUCGGGGCGGCGCUGCUCCCGCUCCUUAUCCUGGCUGCGCUCGGGACCACCCAGCCUCAGCCGGACUCAGCCGGGCCGUCGCUUCUCCUUCAGCCGGCGGAACCGGACGCUGCCGACGGGGGCGCCGCGGGGAUCUUGGCGGCCAACCGCGGGCUGCGCGUGCCUUUCGGCCGCUCCGUCUCCCUGGAUCCCGCCCGGGACCUGGUGAUCCGCGUGCAGCCGGGCGACAAGUGCAUCGUGACCGUCUUGGAGAGCGGGCCGCCGCCUGCGCCUCACCGCCCGGGGGCGCUCUCCCCGCAACGCUUCCCCUGCGAUUUCGGUCCCGGAGAGGUGACUUACACCCACUACGGGUCUCGCAGCCCCGGCCGCGACCGCCUCAGCCUCCAGCUCCGCUACGACUCCCCCAGCCGCACGUUCGUGGUGCCUUUCGCGCUGGAGGCCGAGGUGCUGUCGCAGCAGCUGCGCCUCCUCAGCCGCAACCUGCCGCUCGCCGUGGAGAAGCUGCGGGGCCUCAGCCAGCCCCUCGACGCCAAAGUCCUCGCCUUCGCCGAGGAGGGAGAAGCCGGGCGCCGCCACUGCCGCCUCACCGCCCUCCCUCACCCGUCCAGCAGCGGCAACCACCUGCCUGCCUACGGGCGCUUGAUCGACGCCCACGGGCGCCCCCUGCCGCCGGGCUACAGCAACGACUGCCGCCGCUUCCUGAGCGAAGGCAUCCGCUACCAGCACACGGCUACCACGCCCUCCCCCAACCGCGACCACAUCCCCAUGCGGGUGGAAGUGCUGGAGGAUAGCGGAUCUCCCGGGAGCGUCAGCCAGCAGGAAUACUUUCAGGUUGUGGUUCGGAUUCGGGAUGGGAUUGAGAACACGCCCCCCAAGCCCAGCUUUGUGGCUUUGCUCAUGAUGGAGGUGGACCAGUUUGUGCUUACUGCCAUCACCCCUGACAUGUUGGCUGCGGAAGACCUGGAGACCCCAUCAGAUCUGCUGCUAUUUAAUCUCACCUCUCCCUGGCUCAGCGUUGGAGGGCAAGAUGCCACAACUGGUUACUUGAUAAGUACGGAUGAUCCUAGUCGGCCACUCAGGUCUUUCACUCAGCGGGAAUUGAGGGAGCUGAAGAUUGCCUACCAGCCUCCUACAGUGGACUCAGACCAUGAGCGCCUCUUCCAGUUUGAGUUGGAGGUGUUGGACCCUGAGGGUGCCUCUUCAGAGCCCUUUGCCUUCAUGGUGGUGGUGAAACCUAUGAACACUUUGGCUCCAGUGGCUGUCUUUAAUCGCAUUGCCGGCCCUCAGAUGAUGCUUUUUGAAGGCCAGUCAAGGCCGCUUUCUGACAAUCUUGUAAUCAGUGAUGAGGACAACUUAGGGGAAGUGAAGAUUUGGGUUACAAGAGGUCUAAAACAUGGUGAACUGAGAGUUUUGCAUGCAUCUCCUGGUCGUCAUUUUUUUACUGCAGCAGAGUUGGAAGCUGGACAGGUGAUCUACCAGCAUGAUGGCAGUGAGCACAGUUUCAGUGAUAACAUUAUCUUCCGCAUGGAGGAUGGACAACACCAGGUGGAGUUUUUUUAUCCAAUUACAAUUGCCCCUGAUGAUGAUCAACCACCACUCCUUAAUGCCAACACUGGCUUGGUCCUAAGUGAGCACCAGGUAGUGCAGAUCUCACCCUUCGUUCUCAGUGCUACUGAUAUAGACUCUGAUGACUCAACUAUUCGAUUUCUGCUUAAGGAGGUUAAAAAGUCUUCAGGUAUAUCUGUCUGGAAACAUUUUGGUGAGAUUCUGUUGCGUCAGGAAGAGGUUCCAUCAUCCAAUGAAAAAGAAGAAGAUAUGAAAGAAGAUCAUAGUGAUCCAUCCCCCUGGCAUUUUAUAGACAGUGAGGGUGUAUAUGAAAAGAUAGUGACUGAAUGGCUGCAACAGGAUAUCCUGGAUGGAAAGUUGUUCUACAGGCAUAUUGGACCUCAUAGCACCAAUGUAGUGAUGGACCAGUUUGUAUUCUAUCUCCAAGAUGAUAAUGACCCACCAAAUCAAUCUGAAGAAAAGGUGUUUAUCGUCAAGAUACAUCCAGUAGAUAACCUAUCUCCAGAACUAUACCCAGGGACAACUUUACAGAUGACCGUCCUGGAAUACCAAGUGACACAUUUCAAGAAGCAUUAUCUGUGUUAUACUGAUUUGGACACAGAUGACAGAGAGCUAAAAUAUACAGUGCUUACAUCACCAACUGACAUUGAUGAAAAUCACCCUGUCUUAGCAGGUGAAAUUGUAUUGACUGACAAUCCUCUGAUGCCUAUUAGCCAUUUCACUCAAGCACAGAUAAAUCACCAUAAAGUGGCCUAUAGACCACCAGACCAAGAACUUGGAAUUACUCCAAGAGUAGUACAAUUCACUUACAGUGUAGAAGAUGCAGCUGGUAAUUCCGUGCUAGGUAUUUUUACUUUCUUCUUGCAGCCAGUGAAUAAUCAGCCCCCACAAAUAACCAAUGCUGGUUUCACAGUGUUUGAGGGGCACAGCUUCUUUCUCACCACCACGCAGCUAGAUGCUACUGAUAAAGAUACAGACCCUGACCGAAUUGUCUUCACUUUAACUGAAACACCUCAGCAUGGCCACCUGCGCUACCUGGAGGAAGGAUUGAUGGUACAGGGUGAAUCUUUUCUGUUAGAUGACAUUACUAAUGGUCGCAUAUCCUAUCAGCAUAAUGGUGAUGAGUACAGAAGUGAUUCCUUUCAAUUAGAAGUAAGUGAUGAAGUUCAUCAAGUACCAAUCACAGUUAAAAUUGCUGUUCAACCAGUUGAUGAUGAACGUCCCAGCAUUAUGGUCCCUAGUAGUAAUGGACUUUUGGGGGCCUUUAUUGAUGUUCUGGAAAAUAGUGUUACUGAGAUAACUACUUCUCUUAUCCAGGGUACAGAUGAGGAUACUGAUGAACUGGCAUUAACUUUUAUUGUAGAGGACCCCCCUAAGCUGGGUAGUAUUUUAGUGAAUGGAGUACCCUCUAAAAGAUUCACUCAAGAGGAUCUCAUAAACGGAGCAGUCGUUUAUGCUCACAAUAGUGGAGAGAUUGGAUUGAAGAAGCAGACUGAUUCUUUCAAUCUUACUAUCUCAGAUCGGUCCAGUGAAUGGGUGGUGAGAGGAAGUACAAUAGAAGGAGUGCGUGUGACUGUAACUCUUUUGCCAGUGGACAACAUUGCUCCUGAAGUUAUGUUGGGAGAAGAACCAUUCACUGUUCAUGAAGGAGGAAAAAAUGUGCUAAUGUUAGAACUGCUGGAUGUGGAAGAUAUUGAUACUCCCAGAGAUGAUAUUCUCUGUACCAUUUUAACACAGUCAACUGCUGGUUACCUAGAGAAUAUCUCUCCAGCACCAGGAUCUGAAAAAUCCAGAGCUGGGAUUCCCAUCAGUGCAUUUUCCAUCAAAGAUAUUCGUGUUGGUCAUGUCAACUAUGUUCAGAGCAUCCAUAAGGGGAUAGAACCUUUAGAAGACAGAUUGACUUUCCAGUGCUCUGAUGGUAUCAAUUUUUCACCACCUCAGUUCUUUCCAAUUAUCAUUAUCCCAACCAAUGAUGAGAAGCCCGAAUUGUUUGUACGUGAGUUUGUGGUGUUGGAAGGAAUGAGUUUGGUAAUUGACACACCCAUUCUCAAUGGUGCCGAUGCUGAUGUUCCCCCAGAUGAAUUGCGCUUCUUUAUAACUGUCCCUCCAAAGAAUGGACAGAUUGUUAACCAGCUGGCUACAGGUACUGUGUCUGUUACCAAUUUCACUCUAGAAGAAAUUCGGGAAGCAUCUAGCAUUGUGUAUGAGCAUGAUGACUCAGAAACUAAAGAGGACUCUUUUAAAAUCCAGCUCACUGAUGGCCUACACACAGUGGAAGAAGAAAUAUUAAUAAUGGUCAUUUUGGUUGAUGAUGAAACACCCCGGAUGUCCAUCAAUGAUGGAUUAGAAGUAGAUGUUGGUGAAUCUAAAGUUAUCACCAAUCAAGAUCUCAAAGCCACUGACAUAGACUCUGAAGACAGGAUGCUUACUUACAUUAUUCGUUUGUCCCCCAGGCAUGGCUUAUUACAGCAUAUAAGUAAAGAAAGAGAGGUGCUAUACAAUAUUACACUCGGCAUGAAUUUCACACAGGAUGACAUAGAUCAUAAAUAUAUAUGUUAUACACAUACAGGCCAACAGGGACUCCGUGACUUAUUUAAGUUUGAUGUCACUGAUGGCAUCAACCCCUUGAUAGACAGAUAUUUUUACAUUACUAUCAAUGGCAUUGAUAUGGUGUUUCCCGAGGUGAUCAAUAAAGGAGUCACUUUGAAAGAAGGUGGGAAAGUGACUCUCACUACAGAUCUCCUCAGUACAAGUGAUAUCAACAGUCCUGACGAACUACUUAGGUUCAGCAUCACCCGGGCACCAAGCAGAGGUCAUUUAGAGAAUUCAGACAAUCCUGGAGUUCUUGUCACUACCUUCACUCAGCUUCAACUAGCUGGAAACAAGAUUUAUUACAUCCAUACUGCAGAUGAUGAGGUGAAGAUGGAUAGUUUUGAGUUUGAAGUGACUGAUGGCUAUAAUCCAGUCUUCCGUACUUUUAGAGUUUCUAUUACUGAUGUGGACAAUAAGAAGCCAGUUCUCACAUUACAUGACCUCACAGUUCAAGAAGGGGAAACCAAACUGAUCACACCGUUUGAGCUAAAUGUGGAUGAUCGGGAUACACCUGACCAUCUACUCCAUUUCUUAAUUACCCAAGUUCCUGUACAUGGUCAAAUUAUUUAUAACAACAGCCAUUCUGUCACCAGCUUCACUAAACAAGACUUAAAUGAAAAUAUGAUCAGCUACAAACAUGAUGGCACUGAAACUAAUCAUGAUAGCUUCUCUUUCACUGUAACGGAUGGGACACAUCCAGAUUUUUAUGUUUUUCCUGAUACCAUCCUUGAAACACGUAACCCACAGAUGAUGAAAAUUCAGAUCAAUGCUUUAGACAAUGGAAUACCACAAAUAGUAGUGAACAAGGGUAUCUCCACACUAAGAAAUAUAGCAACUGGACACCUGGGCUUCCUAAUAACCAGCAAGUCUCUCAAAGCAGAAGACAGAGAUAGUCCACACAAAUUACUGAAAUAUAAGAUCACAGAUGGGCCAAAACAUGGAUUUCUCAUUAAUAUUGGUCUAGGAAAUGCAAGUGUAAAAUCCUUUUCCCAAGCUGAUAUCGAUGAAAUGAAGAUAUGUUAUGCCUUGAAAGAACGUGAAAAUGCUACGAGCGAUAUCUUCUAUUUUUCAGUUGAAGAUAAUGGAGGAAAUAGAUUGAAGAGCCAACCUUUUCGUUUGAACUGGGCUUGGAUUUCACUGGAAAAAGAAUAUUAUAUGAUAGAUGAGGAUUCCAAGGUUCUGGAGGUAACCCUGAAACGCAGAGGAUAUCUGGGGGAGACUUCAUUUGUUAGCAUUGGGACUAAAGAUGGAACAGCAGAAAAGGAUAAAGAUUUCAGAGGAAAAGCUCAGAAACAAGUUCAGUUUAACCCAGGGCAGACUGUGGCUACUUGGCGAGUAAGAAUAAUUGCAGAUAAUAAAUAUGAAGAAUCUGAGACCUUCCAGAUUAUUUUGUCAGAUCCAGUUAUGGCUGCCCUGGAGUUGCCAGAGAAGGCAGUGGUGGAAAUCAUUGAUCCUGGUGAUGAAUCUACUGUGUACAUUCCUGGGUCAGAAUAUAGAGUAGAGGAAGAUGUUGGUGAACUGUUAAUCCCUAUCAGGAGAUCUGGAGAUACUAAUCGUGAACUAAUGGUUGUUUGUUACACUCAUCAAGGAACUGCCACGGGCACAAUUCCUUCUACAGUUUUGUCUUAUUCUGACUACAUAUCUCGCCCUGAUGACCAUACCAGUCUAAUUCGCUUUCAUAAGGAUGAGAAGGAGAAAAUAUGCCGGGUCAUAAUUAUUGAUGAUUCACUAUAUGAGGAAGAUGAAAAUUUUAAUGUCACUUUAAGUAUGCCAUUGGGUGGAAAAAUUGGAGCUGAAUUUCCCAGUACUAAAGUCAUCAUUUUAGCUGAUACAAAUGAUCAACCUGCUUUCUAUUUUGGUGACACUGAAUAUUAUGUUGCGGAGAGCGCUGGUUAUGUAGAAGUUCGUGUUUGGAGAACUGGAACAGACUUGUCUAAAGCAGCCACUGUCACUGUGCGCUCCAGGAAAACGGAUCCAGUAUCUGCAGAAGCUGGAGUUGAUUAUGUUGGCAUAAGCCAAAACAUGGAUUUUUCUCCUGGUGUAAACAUGCAGACUUUUCGUGCAACUAUUUUGGAUGAUCUAGGACAGCCGGUCCUUGAAGGCCCCGAAAAGUUUGAACUUGUUCUCCAGAUGCCAGUGAAUGCAGUGCUUGGAGAGCCAAGCAAAGCUACUAUCAUCAUAAAUGAUACCAUCACUGAUUUACCCAAAGUCCAAUUUAAGGAACCUCUCUACAUUGUGAAUGAAAAAGAUGGUCAGAUGGAAGCUAUAAUCUCACGAAGUGGAGAUGUGAAUCAUAAGUCUACUGUCCGCUGCUACACUCGCCAAGGCUCUGCCCAGGUUAUGAUGGACUAUGAGGAGAGACCAAACACAGAUGACUCAAUAAUAACAUUCCUACCAGGAGAAAUAGAGAAACCCUGUUUUGUGGUUUUGGAAGAUGAUGCUAUCUAUGAAGAGGAUGAAGAGUUCAGACUGGUGCUUGGAACUCCAAAAAGUACCUCUUCAUUUGGUGCUUCCAUUGGGGAGCUAAAAGAAGUGCUGGUGAAGAUUAAGGAUGAAGAAGACAAACCAAUGAUUACAUUCUCUGAGGUGAAAUAUAACAUUCAAGAACCACAGGAGCCUGGAGAAAUUGCAGUUUUAAAGAUCCCAAUCUUGCGACUUGGAGAUACUUCCAAAGUUUCUAUUGUAAGAAUUCAUACUAAAGAUGGUUCAGCUACUUCUGGAGAAGAUUAUAAUCCAAUGUCUGAGGAUAUUGAAUUUAAAGAAGGAGAAACAGAGCACUUUGUGGAGGUUGAAGUUUUGUAUGAUGGAAUGAGAGAAAUGCGUGAAGCAUUUACAGUGCAUUUGAAACCUGAUGAGAAUAUGGUGGCUGAGACACAGAUGAAUAAAGCCAUUAUAUACAUUGAAGAAAUGGAUAGCAUGGCGGAUGUGACCUUCCCAGCUGUGCCACAAGUUGUAUCACUUCUGUUGUAUGAUGACACUGCCAAAAGCAAAAUAAAUCCCCACCCUACCAAUGGAUAUCCUAUUGUGUGUGUAACGGCAUGCAACCCCAAAUACUCAGAUUAUGACAAGACUGGAUCUAUUUGUGCUGCUGAAAACAUCAAUGACACAGUGACCUUGUAUCGUUGGCUUGUCAGUGCCCCAAGUGGUAUUGAUGGUGUAACCAGCCCAAUGCGUGAAGUGGAUUCCAAUACUUUCUUCACUAACACCAAGUCAAUUGCUUUAGACUCCAUCUAUUUCCAAGCUGGCUCCAGGGUUCAGUGUGCAGCACGUGCUGUCAAGGCCAAUGGAGAUGUGGGCUUAGAACUGUUGAGUCCCAUCCACAUAAUAAAUAGACAAGAAGGUCUGUGCCAACCACGUAUUCUGGGUACAGUUGGAGCAGAGCCUUUCUCAGCCAAAAUUCAUUACAUAGGUCCUGAUGAUCCUGAUUAUCCAAACCUGAUCAGGUUUUCGGUUACCAUGCCUCACAUAGAUGGAAUGUUGCCAGUAAUCUCAACCAGACCUUUGUCCAAUUUUGAGUUGACACUGAGCCCAGAUGGCACCCGUGUAGGCAAUCACAAAUGCUCCAAUCUCUUGGAUUAUAAUGAAAUUGAAACAAAACAUGGCUUCAUCACAGAUGAUAUCAAGAAUCCAGAAGUGAUGGGAGAAACUUCACCCUACCAAUACAGCAGUAGCAUACGAUCAGCUAAGACUUUACGUUUCUAUCGUAAUCUCAAUCUGGAGGCUUGCCUGUGGGAAUUUAUCAGUUAUUAUGAUAUGUCUGAACUGGUAACUGGCUGUAGCGGCUCCAUUGGGACAGAUGGUCAGGUAUUGAAUCUGGUUCAAUCGUAUGUCACUCUUCGAGUGCCCCUCUAUGUAUCUUAUGUCUUCCAUUCACCUGCAGCAGUUGGGGGCUGGCAACAUUUUGACCUGCAAUCUGAGUUGAGGCUCACUUUUGUAUAUGAUACUGCCAUUCUAUGGAAAGAUGGUAUUCGAAGUCCACCAGAAGCAGAACUACAAGGGUCUCUUUACCCAACCAGUAUGCAAAUCAAUGAUGAAGGGCGAUUGGUGGUCCAUUUCAGGACUGAAAUUCGAUUCAUGGGCCAGUUCAUAAUAUCCCACCCAGGUACUUCUCUGACUUCUAUGGUGAUGUCAUCUGACCAUCCUGGCCUUACAUUCACAUUGAACCUUUCUCAAAGUGAGCAAACCUUCAAUCAACCAAUGCAGCAAUGGAAGUUUCUUUCCGAUUUUGCUGUACGUGACUAUUCUGGCACUUACACUGUGAAACUUAUCCCCUGUGUUGCCACACCCAGCCAAGAAUAUACCCAGCCUGUCAUCUGCAGCCCACGGGAGCCAAUCACUUUUGAUCUGGAUAUCAGGUUCCAGCAGGUCAGUGACCCAGUAGCAGCUGAGUUUAAUCUCAAUACUCAAAUGUUUCUGCUAUCCAAGAAGGAUCUGUGGCUGUCUGAUGGCUCUCUGGGAUUUGGAGAAGAAACUGAUGUCUCAUUCACAGAGGGUUCCGAAAUCUACGGUCGUGUCAUGGUGGAUCCCGUUCAGAAUUUAGGGGAACCUUUCAUCUGUAACAUUGAGAAGGUGUUCUUAUGUACAGGGGCUGAUGGGUAUGUUCCCAAAUAUAAUCCAAGUAACAAAGAAUAUGGUUGCCUAGCUGACUCACCUUCCCUAUUGUACAGAUUCAAAAUCCUGGAUAAAGCUCAACCAGAUACACAAGCAAAAAUGUUUGGAAAUAUGGCAUUCCAUGCCAAACUAGCAGUUGAUCACAUUGAUGGCCAUCCUUUGGUAAAACAGCCUGGUUCUGAUGGAUUCAGCCUGUUGUCAACUCCAUUAUUCCAGGUAGCAGUGGGUCGAGAAUGGUACAUCCAUACCAUCUACAUGGUUCGAUCACGUGAAAAUGCUCAUAAGGGCCUUGGAAAAAGAAGUAUUGAGUAUCACCAUGUUUUAUCUUGCAAUAACAGCACCUCACAUCUUAGUCGGUCUCGGAGAGCUGUUUCUGAUAUUCCUGCUCUUGCCCAAGAUAUUGGUGCUGAUAAGAAUAGAGGAACAAAUAUCCAGCAUAUAGUUCUUGACCGAUCUAAUAAAAUUACAAUCAAGCAGAAAGAAUGGUCCCUAGCAGGUAAACCUUAUGAAAAGCCAGUCCUGCAAAUUCCAGGAAGUGAUGCAGAAGACAAGAUAAUUCCCAUUAUUGGAGGUGCAAUUGGACUAUUGCUGCUUCUCUGCACUGUUAUAAUUAUUAUAUUACUUCUGAAGCGAAAGGAACAUUCAACUGAUGGAAAAACAAGCUCGUUUACCAAUCAUUCCAACAGUAAUGAAACUAUGACUACACAGCAGAGCAAUAGCGAUAGCUCUGAAGUUUAACAGCAUUGAUGACUCCUUGAAGAUCCUACAUAAUGGAAACCACAUGAGGCUGGGCUGGGGGUGGGGUAGAUAUGGAAUUAGGCUGCUGCAGUUUUGGUGCUAUGUUGUAUGAGAUUACAGCAUUUAGAAGAAAAGUAUAGCAAAGAUAAUCUGUAUAGAAAUGUGACUUAUUUAUAACUUCCCCCGCAACCAACUCCCAGGAACACAGGAUGACCUCCUGGAAUACAACGUUAAUUAAAUUUAGCAUUUUCCCCCUAAAAUGGUGCUUUUAAAAAAAUCCAUUAGCUGGUAUAAGUGUGCCUUAUCUAUCAACAUGAAAGCCUGGUGCUAUUCAAAGCGAUAUUGAUUCCCUUUUCAUUAAAUUGUAUAGUGUUUAGAUUUAUACCAUUUUUAUAUGAAAGGGUGGGGGGGAGGUUAAGAAAAAAGGUAAAAUAUUAAAUAAAUGGCAUACAAGCAAAUAUCUAUAAUUAAAUCUCAAUGGAAUCUGUAUUGAUAAGCAAAAGACUGUAUUUGAAAAAUACUGAACUUAUUUAAAGAGAAUGUUCCUUGAAUGUUUUAAUAUACAGGUAUUACAAAUAGUUUUUCAUACAACAUCCUGCAAUGUUCUGUACUUAUGUAACAUAAAUGUCAUAAAACUAAAUCAUUAUUAGAUUAUUAUUCCAGUUGCUUGCAGUUAGACGUAUUUUAUUUAUAUUAGUUCAAAUAGCUCUCUCCUAAUGGAACUUUGAAAAUAUUGUAAAAUAUUGUGAAUAACUUACAUGACCUUAACUGCGUGGAAAUUUCAGAGUGUCCUUUUUUAAAAAAACAAUUGUUACUUAGCUAAACAAUCAUAGUAAAUUUUGUCAACACAUGCAACCAUUUAUUGACAAUUAUUACCACGUUAUUUUGGGGGGAAAAAAUCAUUCUGGGAAAGGGCUAUUCAAUAUUGUUUUAGGAGAAUCAAGAUGGCACUUUGCUGAAUAAAAUAGUGCCCUAUUUUCAAAGCUGGUAACCCUUUAAUUAUGAACAAGAUAGAAUUGCCUUCAGUUCUAAAGCAACUUUCCAUGCCAGAUUGAUAGAAUCUAUAUAAUUUCAAAAUAAGUAAAAGUAAGUUAUUGCCUCUAUUUCUUGAGGUUCUGUGGUGUGGAAUUAAUCAGCAUAUACUACCGUGUUUCCCUGAAAAUAAAACCCUGUCUUAUAUUUUUUUGAACCCCCAAAAUAAGCGCUUGAUCUUACCUUUGGAGAGGUCUUAUUAUUUGGGGGUACGUGGAGCAAGACGGGGCUUCUCUUGCUGUCUUACCUCAUUUCUAGCUCUGUCUUCCUAACCCUAACCAGACCGGCUGUGCAUGCGUUUAAAUAUUUUCAGGGAGAGCUUAUUUUCAGGGGAGGGCUUAUUUUUUGGAGUAACACGGUAUUUCUCACAUAGUAGGUUUUUGCCCCAGACAUCUGGAAAUUUUAGAUUCAAACAAGUUUUGUUACAGAAAAACAAAGUAUAUUAUUAAUAAUAAGAUUGCACCAACUUAUUCAGAAGCUACACCAAUUUCAGUAGGAUCUACUCAUUGUAAAUGUCUAUGUGAGAUCAAAGUUUUAAUUAAUCAGGAUGCUGUGGGAAGUAUUUUGGUUCCUAUCCCUGGUUAAUUAGAUAGCCAAUUUUAUUUUUUAACAGCAAUUGUGUUGUUAAAACAGUUUCUUUUUCUCAUGCUUAGGAGAAAACCCCUGUUAAUGGUGCUUAGACACUAAUUUGUCUACAAGCAAUUUAAUUAAGAUUCAUCUUUUUAAUUGAUAGAAUCAUUGUGCAUUAGUUAUCUAUUUUUCUUGUUUAGAAAGUAAUUCUCAGAAUGAUACUACCGACCGAUCUCUAAAUUAUAAUAAUCAUUUUAAUACUGUAUGCUAGUUUCCUUUAAAUAUUUUAAUUCAUAGUGUUCAUUAGCUAAUCAGUCAAAAAAUAACUAGCAUAUAAAAUUCUCCUGCUUUAUAGGAGAAAAUUAUUAAUAAUAGAUCUUCCAGUUGCUGUUGCUGCUGCUUCUUUCGUUUCAUGUAGGGCAAUACACAUUUCACGAUUAUUUGAAAAUGUGCAUUGUAUAAGAAGAGCAGCUCUCUACUAUUCAUUAAACAAACCAACAUUUGUGGCUUUCAAAGCUAGUGUGAAUAGCCCUGAUACCUUACCAAAUGACAAUAGCAAUAUAUUUUUAUCCACCUGUACCAGCUAAAUUCAAGUUACUCACAUCAGAGGACCAUGCUGUAUUUUCUUCAGUACCUUUUAUCUGCCUAGACAUAGUAGCUAGUUUCGAUUCCUCCUCUUCCUUUCUUUUUUGUUAAGCCAAAGUAGUUUAAUGGUUCAUUUAUGAAGAAAUGUAGGAAGUUUGAAAAAUUCUCAAUGUAAAAUUGACAAUGAUAGAUUCUUUUGCUUAAAGGAAGUCAACAUUUGCAAAGUUUAUUUUAAUUAGCUGCAGUAAUAAGGUUUAUAUACUUGGCUAUUAUGAACAUAUUUAUCAUGUUAAUCAUUGGUUAUUUAUUCUGUCAAAAUCAUGACCUUAAUAUCUUAUUAACGGUAGACUUUCCUAUUUCCAGGAUUACCACUGUUAUAUUACCAAGCACUUGGAAGAUUAUUUCAUUAAUAUGAUACAUAUACUAUCUAUGUUGAAGCGCUAAAGAAAGAAGCAAACUCUGAUAGUCCCAAAGAUGCUUUUUUCAAAAGGCAACUGGACUUUCUGAUUUUUCUUUGAAGACGUUUCGCUUCUCAUCCAAGAAACUUCUUCAGCUCUGACUGGAUAGUAGGUGAAGAAGCUUCUUAGAUGAGAAGCGAAACUUCUUCAAAGAAAAAACAGAAAGUCCAGUUGCCUCUUGAAAAAAACACCCUUGGGACAACCAUGACCUGGAUGAGUGAGAAUCUCUAUAGACAAACUCUGAUAGGAACAUCUUGGGGGAAAAAACAGCCUUUGAAAAAUGGUAUGCAUUGCUUGUACAUUGCUCAAUAAGAGGAGAGCAUUUGUGCUCUGAUAAGGCUAGUUUUAUUUACACUACCUGGAAUAAGACUCACUUCAGUGAAAUCUCUCUUUCCAAAGUUUUACUGUAAAUUAUAUGACAAUUGGUACAACCAUCCAGUCUAUUUUUUAUUUAGCAACCAAAAGAUGGAAAGCCACUAAAAAAUAAGCAUUCUUUCAUUAAUGUUCCUAAUGUAGAAUAAAAUACUUCCCAAACAGUAGCUUACUGCAAUUUAUAUUACAAUCAGAUGUAAAAUAUAUGUCACAUAUCUAUAUACUUACUUAUUUCAAAGGACAGGUAAGCUAGGUUGUCGAGAACAGAAACAUUAUGUUUAAACUGUACUGUAUUAUGGUAUAUAUGACUGUGAAUUUACCAAAAUACUCUGAGAUCAUUUUAUAAAAAUUGUUUUUUCAUACAAGUGUUGUCUUUUCCAUUUGUUGUCAUAUUUCAUUAUCUAAGCCAUUAGGCCUAAACAUAAGGCCAGAUACUAAAUGCCAUGACCGCAGUGUAAAAGCUGAAGACCAAACUAUCCUGUUAUUAAAGUUGAAAGCCUGGAAUCUGCAAAAUCACAGAGGUAAUUUUAAUACAGGUUUACUACAAUAAACUAUAAUAAACCAGAUUAAAUUAUAUUUAAUUUUUUUUUGCUACUCUUUUAAGUUGUCAGUAGCCUUUGAUUGAUAUGAAUUGCCAGAUAUGCUUGCCAGAAAUUACACUACGGAUUGCAUUCUGAUUAAUAAAAUAUUCAGAUAGUGGCAGAGAACAGAAAAUAAUACAAAUUUAGCUGGUACAAGUGGAUCCCCAUUAUUUUUUGUAGAAAAAAACAGAAGAAUUCAUUGAACUAAAACCAGUUUUCUUUUAUUUUCAAGUAAUUAGAAAAUAUAAAGUUACUAUAUUAAAAUUUAUCCUUACAUAGGUUUUUCCUGUUUUAUUCCUAACAUUUCCUAAUGUAAAAUAUAUACCGUUGUGUGAAAAAGAGUGUACACCCUCUUUGAGUUCUGUGGUUUUACAUACCGGGACAUAGUAAAAAUCAUCUGAUCCUUAGCAAUUCUUAAAAGUAGGUAAAUACAACUUAAAUGAACAACACAUAUUACAGCAUAUCAUCAUUUAUUUUACAAAAAGCCAAAAUGGAAAAGCCAUGUGUGAAAAACUAAGUAUACCUUAUGAUUCAAUAGCCUGUAAAACCUUUAGCAGCAACAACUUG